AUGUUGAAGUGGGCUGUUGGCCAAAGACACCCCACUCCCGGGCAACAAACAUCGGCCUGUUAUUCUUCAGUCACCAGAUUAGAAACGAAAGAAUCAUCUUGUUUUAAAACGUCAACGGAUAGACUUUACGUCGCAAGGAGAAGAAAUAAUCGCGGCCAUGUUAAAAAAGCAGCUGUUCGAUCAAUAAAAAGAGCCAAGCAAGAUAAAGAAAAUCAACCAUGCUGCACUCCAGACAAUGGGUCCUUACGGAUACGGGACAGCUUCAGGCAGAACCCAAAGGUGCUUCGUGACGUUAGUAAUUCUCCAGAUCCGUAUAUGGUGACUCCCAAACGUCAGGAUUAUGUAAAAAGACGACAGAGUCAUCCGUUGAAUUUUAUAAGGAAAAGGCCUUAUAAUGAUUACUCUAAAAGCGCUCCCACAAAUACUCAGGAUUAUUUAAAUUCUUAUAAUUUAUCCGAUAAUAAUAAAAUUUUGACUUCGUAUAAUAAUACCUCACCCCUGAUAGUCAAUACCAAUGAUGAAAUUUCAAAUCGUAAUAGUAGUUCACCGUCGGAUGUAACGGAUGUUGUCGACACUAGAAAACCAAAUUCAACAUUGAAAUCUCUUUUAGCAAUGCAAAUAGAAUAUUCUCCAGGACCUUUUACGGCCACACAAAGUCUUGUGGCUUUGCGUCGACGUCUAACAAAAACUUUAACUCAGGCAAAACAAGAAAAAACACCCAUGCUCAUUGAAAAUUCUCUCUACAAUACUCUGAACCAAUCCGAGAAAUGUUCCAACAACGGUAUAACGAUAUCGUGUGACGAACAAUCCCCCACUUUGGAGGGAUCUAUGGAAGAGAAAAGCAUACUGGAACAAAUUUCAAACAAAUACGAUUUUGUAAAUAAUUUGAAAAAGGAAAAUUCUAAAUUGGAAAACACUUUGGUAUCAUCUUUGUCUCAGAGAUUAGAAUGGUUAAGAUUAAAUAAUAAUUUGAAUAAUGUAAAUAAGAUAAAAAAAAACGAAACGGAAAUAAAUUGUUUUGGGGAAAAUCCGAGGAAAACGAAUAAAAGGAAUGAUGGUGAUGAUGGUGAUGAAGUGUCGAACGAAAGAAGGAAAAGAGAAUGGGAUAUGAUAAAAAUGGAAAAAUACGUUAAAAAGAAAAUGAGAAAGUGUGCUUGCGAUGGUGCUUGCGAUACGGGAUAUGGAUCUUGCUGUGAUAAAAAUAAGCCAAAGACUCAUACGAAACCAACACUUAUGGGUUUGACAUUACCUUCAGGUAUUCCCAGUCCGGUUAUUUCAGAAGACUCAGGUACAAGUAGUUUGGGUUUGGAAGGUAUUCAUCCCCUUAAUUUAUCUCCGAUUCAUAAUGCAGAUCACGGGAUGGGACGUUUAACCGAACAAGCUCUUUCGAAUCACAACAACAUCGGACUCCGAUGCGAAUCAUUAUCGACAUCUUUAAUCGUCGAAAAAUGUUCUCCAUCGUCGAUAUGUUCCUCGUUGAGAAAAAGAUUUCAACGUGACAUAUUCGAAUCGAAAGAUGCUUGGAGCGAAGAAAUAAUACCGCAAAUAAAAACUCCAAAAUUAUCCCACGAAUCUCCCCGGUAUAAAGAAGACGAUACACCAUCUAAUUUUGAUUACGAUUUCGCCUUACCAAGUCCUCUGGCAUUGGUAGAAAAAAGAUCAAGAUCUAGAAGGUGUCUGCGAUUUGUAUCACCUGGUAACAAUACCUGUCAGCGACAUAAAUCUACAAAAUUUCCUCUUUCGCUAUCGUGUCCUCGAUUGAGAGACAGUAAAGACGGAGCUGGAGAUCUGGAGCUGUCGGUUAAUGUUACCACAGAAGUUAUUACCGUUUAUGGAUACGAAAAAGGUAAAAUGUUUCAACAUUUAAACAAUAAACAGGCAGACAUAUUGGUUUUUGAUUUCAUUGUGAAUGUUGUUUUUUACUAG